GUCUAUGGGCAGGGCUCACACAAGAUGGCGGCGCCCACUGAAGACACCGGAGCCCGGAGGUGGAUCGUGCUCUAGCAGAGGAGCCUGUGUUGCAGCCUGAGCCAGCCUGUUUGUGCAGGGGAGAUCUCGCUUUCUUUCCAGACUGGGACUCUGAAGGUGGAACCCACUUGUGUCCUCACCCAGCGUCAUCCAUGAGGGACCGGACAUGGGGGCGACGACGGGAGAAAAUUCUGAAUCUCACCCUGGAAAUCCUCUACCUGCUGACCGGAGAGGAUUACAUUGUGGUGAAGAAGACUGAUGACGACGACUCCAGAGGUGAACCCCUGCAGUCUCCGGCCCCCCCUGAUCCGCCGCCUUUCUCUCUGUCCCACAAUAAAAAUGACGAGAAGAUUUUACAAAUCACCAACCAGAUCAUCGAGCUGCUGUCUGGAGAGGUGGGAGAUGACGACGGGACACCGCAACAUAGGGAGGAGGAGCCGCAAUUAGAUCUCAUCAGUGCAGUUUUGUCUGUGAGCUGUGACGAAAACGCCCCAAAUCCAUCGCCCGCGUCUCCUUCUUCUGACCGUACCGCAUCCUCCGCCAAAUGUGAACGCUCUUCUGCAGACAGACCACCCAGUCCAGACCCCUCCCUUGUAAGAUCCGCGGCUGUCCGGGAUGAACAGGGGCCUCCUGAAAGACAACUAACAGUGGCAGAGUCUGUGACGGAACGACUGAGGGAUCGGUACUCACAUAUUCCUCCCGCCAAACGUCGGAAAGGCAAUCCUGUCCCACUCAGGAAAGAGGCGAAAGGCGCUCUCCCGGCAACCAUCUGGGAGACGGAACUUACCAAAGAUCUGGAUCUCAUCGCCAACCUGGAAGACGCGGCUCAGACUGCCUACCAGUGUUCCCAAUGCCAAGAGUGUUUAGACAACCCAGAGGAUUUUAUUACGCACCAGGCGCUGCACAAGUCCGAGUCCUUGUUCCCGCCCUUUUACCAUUCCACGUCUUUUGUGAGCAUGGACUUUGGCGGCCAGCAGAAACCGUUUGUUUGCUUAGAUUGUGGGAAAUGUUUUACGUAUAGGUCCGCCUUCACCCGGCAUCAGCGAAUUCAUACAGGAGAGAGACCCUUCGUCUGUUCUGAGUGUGGGAAAAGCUUUUCCCAAAACACGCACUUGGUGAAACACCGCAAGAACCACGCCAAUCUUGCUUGAGUUAAGGCUGCGAUCGAGGAGACCCUCUUAGACACCUUUCACACUGGGGCGGUUUGCAGGCGCUAUUGCGCUAAAAAUAGAGCCCGCAAACCGACCCGAAAC